AUGGACUACCAUGGACAAGCCGUCAUAGAGGAGCAGGAUCAAGUCGAUUCAGACGCAUCCACAAUCUCAUGUCCACCCUCACCCGUAAUAGCAGCAGCAGGGCACGAACAGAGUGCUGAGGAACAAGGAGUCACCGACGAACUCGCCUCAAUACAGGAAGAGCUCCAGACAGUCCUCGAGUAUGUCGACCACGGCAUGCUGCUCAAGAGCUUCGAUACCCUCAGUCUAGCCUCGGAUGGCGGUGGAGCGGUUGAACAAAAGGCAGGAUUCUGGACAGGACUCAACAACUGCUGGUUGUUUGCCUUCUCGCAUUACGGGAAUGCACGCUCAGACGACCAAAGGAUUCGUGAGCACCAUCUGCACCAUCUCCACAACAACGUCAAGGCCUGGGCCGACGCGCUUGAAAAAUAUGGUUUGGUCAAUUAUGAGCUGGGCCUGUGGGAGCAGGAUAUUCUUGAAGCGAUUGAGGUCUGUCUGAUCAACACCAGUGUCUUUACUCCCUCUAUAACACCAACGACUGGUGAGGCGGACCCUGACAACGAGGAUGAGGAUGACGGCGAUAGUGAAGACAGCGACGGCAACUGA